AUGUUGUUGCCUUCAGAAAACAAUCCAUUAGUACAAAUUAUCAUCAAUGAGCGACUAUCAGCAAACUUGUCUCCAGCUUCCUUCGAUGCUGUUGGGUUGGCUAAUGCAUGCAUAAAUAAAACAGGACAUCAUGCCUGGAAACCAGUUUGCAAACAUUGUCUACUUCUUCAAAUCCUAAACCCAGAAGCCAUAACUGUAGCUGAGCAAGAGAGAACUUUCUUUGUGAUGCCUUCCUCGAGUUCUAGAAUCCUGGUUUCCAUCUACAGAAUCCUGAUUUUCAAUUGGAGCUCUUGGCUUACUAUCUGGGCUCCAGUUAGGGAAGACGGCUUGUUCAGUGUGAGCUCUAACCCCAGUUGGGUUGGGUCUGUGUGUUUGGGAUGGGUUGUGGAUAAAUGGGCUUUGAUUUUCUUAUAUGGGCUAAGAGAAUAG